AUGUCGAAGACCGUUCAGCGUCUGCGUCAAGAAUACUUGCAAAUCGUUCGAUGUCCCGAACCAGGAAUCUAUGCUGAACCCCUCUCCACCAACAUCUUAGAAUGGCGAUUUGCUCUUGAUGGUCCCAAAGGAACUCCUUAUCAGGGAGGUCUUUAUCAGGGCAAGCUUAUCUUCCCAUCGUCCUACCCGUCCGGUCCACCGGAGAUUCAGAUGCUGACACCCACCGGACGCUUCAAGACCAACAUGCCCAUCUGUCUUCUGCAUUUGAAAAGGUUCACUUGGGAUCCAGCCUGGAGCGUGGCUUCCGUUCUGAGCGGCUUCCGAGAGUUCAUGGUUCAUGGCGAGCUGACCAUUGGAAGCGUGUGGUUCACGACGGAUCGUCACAAACGCCAUCUGGCGGAAGACAGCUUGCGGUUUAACCUUCAGGACCCGGUCUUCUGCGAGCUGUUUCCAGAUCUGGCUCAGUCUUGCAGAAGGCGGAUUGAAGAACGCUGGACGAAGGAGGUGGAGGCGAUGAGAAAGAGCGUCGGCAAAGGAUGUGGCAAGAGCGGAGACGAGAGGAUUGGCUGCGACGAUAUGGGGAUGGUGGUUUUUGUGUUCGUGUUCUUUCUGAUGGCCGGCGUGACAGGAGUUGUAACACUUGUUUGUCUGAUGAAAUAA